AUGUCGACUGUCGACGACUGCAUCGACAUCCAAACCAAGGAUGGUAUUCUCAAGGCGCCUAGCACUUCUAGCACCAGUACCAGCAAUACGUCAUACACGGCCGAUGUGGAAGACUCAUCAUCGACGGCCUCGACGGUGCAGAUUGCUCUGAAGAACAACACGACAUCAGAAAACCUGUACGUUUCGGUGACAGGUCUGGACAUCAACAACGACAACGCGGUGUGGCUGCUGCAGAGCGACGGGUCGUCAUCGUACUACCCGGCGAAUCCGACAACCGACCAGGCUGUGCUGCAGGCAGACGUGGCCAUUGCAGUUGGCGCACCGGGAAGCACGCGCACGAUCAUGGUACCGCAGCUGGUGGGAGCACGCAUCUGGUUCUCGCAGGACACGCCGUUGACCUUUCUGCUCAACCGGGGCUCAACCGGAGCGGUGCUGGUGGAGCCGUCGGUGACGAACUCGGCUGACCCCAACUACACGACACAGUGGGACUUUUGCGAGUUCUCCUUGAACACGGUUGAGCUGUUUGCCAACAUCACAUACGUCGACUUUGUCAGCAUUCCGGUAGCCCUGGAGCUGACCAGCUCAGACGGCACGGCGACGCAGACGGUCGAGGGCUUGCCGACUGACGGUCUCACGACGGUGUGUGAGGCUCUGCAGGCGCAGCAGCGGCUCGACUGUGCCGGCUGGGACCGACUGGUGGUGCAGGUGUCGUCGGGCGGCACAACGUCCUUUCUGCGGGCACUGUCACCCAACUCGGGCAUCGUCAUGGACAGCAGCCUCUUUGACGGCUACUACCAGUCCUACGUCGAUGCUGUCUGGGCCAUGUACGCGAACAGCACCCUCACCGUCGACACGCAGUACACCUGGGGCACGGCGACCGGCCAAGUCGAUGCCGACUCCAGCACGCUGACUUUUGCCGGUAUCGGCUCGUUUGCCCAGCCGUCGGCCGCAGACAUCUUCUCCUGCAGCUCGGGCCCCUUUGCCACCACCACUGACGAGAUGGGCAACCUGGCGGCCCGUCUGUCGGCUGCCUUCAACCGCAGCACCCUGUUGACCGACACCGACCAGCCAGAUGGUUUCUCGGCUUCUAACUACUACCAGACCAGCCCCACGAACCACUAUGCCCGCAUCCUGCACGCCACCAACCUCGACGGCCGCGGCUAUGCGUUUCCCUACGACGACGUCACGCCGACCAACGGCACCGACCAGUCUGGCGCUGUCUCUAGCGGUUCCCCGGAGCUUCUGACCGUCUACAUUGGUGGUGGCGGCACCAGCUCCACAUCCAAGACAUCUAUCACAUCUACCACCACCAGAAUGGCCAAGACCCGGGCAACGCCCGUCCGCUUGCGCGAGAUGGCUCGUCCGGGUCGCCAGCUUGUCGGAGGUCGUCGUCACCACCGCCGGAUGGUGUCCUCGCCGCCGAUGGAACAGCAGCAGCUCGUGCCGCAGGCCGUGGCUCCUUUCUACACCUCUGUCGAGACCGAGCCGCAGUAUCAACAGCCAGCAACAGACCUGAGCAAGAUCGACCUUGAGAAGGGCGAUCUCUCUUACUACCAGGCAGCAGCCGACACCAAGAACAAGGGCCAGCCGGCUCUCCCAGGCACAGUGCCGCGAUCGCGCGCCCGGCUUCUCCUCCUGCUCCACCAGGUGCUGCAGUGUCUCUGGGGACUGCUGUGUGCCGGGCUCCAGUCUGCCUGGGCUGUCGUGCCGCGAUCAGUGGCCUUGCCCGUGGGCAAGGUCUGGGCCUCUGUGGCUGCAGCGCCGGCCGUCAAGGCAGUGGCCUCAGGUGUGAUUUCGGUGGCCACAUCGGCCAUUGUACGACCGCUGUUGGUGCGCACUGCUGUGGCCAGCAUGCUGCUGCUGCUGUAUGUCGCUGCCGGCGUGUCGCCAUUGGCGACCACCGUUGUGACGGCGUUGGCCGGAAAGGACAGCGCUGGUCUCCUUCCUUCCAACACUGUGGCAACACCGUCCAAAUGA